UCGUCCUUACUAGCAUGCCCCAGGAAGCUCGUCUAACCCCCGCCGUUCUUCUUUCUCCUCUUCUCCAAGCAACUAUAAAAUCCACAGCUCGUCCGAUUGCAGAAACCGGGCAUCCAAAAGGCAAAAAAAAAAAAAACCCUAUCUUUGCACUUAUUUACAAAACUGCCACCCUCUUGUCUCUUUCUCAUCUCCUUCCCAAUUCAAACAGAAAAAGAAAAAAAAAAUCAUGUCUACUCGAUCGAACAAGGGUUUCGUCCGAUACCAGAAGAAAUUCAUUCCCAAGAACCAAAAUCAAUCCAGAGAAGAUUCGAUCUCCAAUCUCCCACUCACAUCUUCUCUGAGAGAAUCGUCUUCGAAGAUCGACGGUCGAGAUAACGCCGCGGCCAGUUCUUCUUCGUCUUCCGCUUUGAGUUCCAGUUCUUCGACUAGGGUUCGGAUGGAAACGAAUGGGAAUUGGGUUUCUAAAAGUCAAGGUGGCAGUUUCGUAAAUUACUUGCCCCAGGAUGAGGCGGUCGCCACCGGCCUCGGCACAGAAGAUGGAGCGUUGGAUCCGGUGGAGUCGCAGAGGGUGGUGGAUCUUCUCAAUAGGGAGCUGUCUAGGUUGCUCAGAUUGAGCCCUAGAGAUUUCUGGAGAGAAGUGGCCAGUGAUAGUUCUUUGCACGAAUUUUUGGAUAGCUAUCUACAGUUUAGGAAUAGAUGGUAUGAUUUCCCUCAUCACGGAGUAAGAGGAAUAGUUGCAGGCAUCAUUGUUGGAGAGUUUGAAUUAAGCCGGCGUGUUUUCAUGGUCUUCUACCGCAUAUCUUCCAAUAAAGAUCCUGGUGCCCGUGCUAGUGAUAGCCUCAGUACAAAAGAGCAUGGAGCCCUCUUGCAGGAAAAGAAGUUACUUGACUUGCCGAAGUUGUUGGAUAUAUGCGCUAUCUAUGGCCAUGACAAUGAAGAAUUGACUAGCUUACUGGUUACUAAUGCGAUGAGAGCCCAGCCAACACUUCUUGAAAGUCUGCCAAAGACAGUUGCUCAUUUCCUAAGCAUUGUCCACACAAUGCAUCAGCGUUGCAACGCAUCUUUGGAGGUUCUAUUUUCCGCUGGAGAUCCUGAAGAUCAUGGGCACAGUCGACUACGUGCUGAUUUAUUAGAGGUCAUGGACUUCAUAAAUGAUGCAAUUGGAUCGCUGGAUGCCUUCGUGGAUGCAUACAAGCUCGCAGCUGUCUACUUCUCUUAUCCUGCUGAAAUAAGUUCCGGUAAUGAUGAACUACUCAAUACGCUGGCGAGAUUGCAUGAUUCAUUCCUACCAUCUCUGCAACGUGGACUUGAACUUAUUUUUAAUGCCAGAGUAGAUGGUACGCAUAAUCCACAUGGGGACACAAUUCCAACUAUUGCUGAAAAUUUCAAGAUGCUAUCGACAAGGAUAGUUAAGUUUGGUUGGAAAUUACUGGAUCUUUGCUAUUUAAGCGAUGAACUAGUUGAAAGCAGCACGCCCCUUCCAACCACUACAAAGAUGUUUCCUGCCAAAAUUGAGGAUCCUGCUGUAAGGGGAGACUUCUUGGUUCAGACAUUUAGAGAGAUCAGUGGAGUUUCGUCUCGACUUAAGGAGAACCAGAGCAGCGGAACAUUUCUUCAGAAGAUUGAAAGGAAUUACAAUAUAUUGAGCCGACUGGACAGUCUUCGGACUAGUGGAUGGAUUUUCAUGGAUGAGGAACAGUUUCAGUACUUGCUUCGCAUUGCAACAUCUUCUUCCUCCCAUGCUGCGGAGAGAGAACGGAAUGCACCAAUUCCUUUACCAAGCAAUCGGGCACAGACGAAUGAAGAUGCCGUGAUUAUUGAGUCUAAGAUCAGUCAGAUCAAAGACCUUUUCCCAGAUUAUGGUAAAGGGUACCUCUCUGCCUGUCUUGAAGCUUAUAACCACAGCCCGGAGGAGGUAAUCCAGAGGAUAUUGGAGGGAACUCUCCAUGAAGAUCUAUUGUCUCUUGACAUUUCGCUAGAGGAGGCUCCGGCGCCCAAGUCUGCAGCGUCUCUGAGCAAGAAGGAUAAAGGGAAAGGAGCGCUUGUAGAGCCCACGACAACAUCAUCCGCUAAUGCGGAUUUAUCGUCCUCUAACGCAGUUCCUUCAGUGGGCCACAGCAACAUGGGCGGCUCAGCAUCAUUGUCAUCGUCAUCAUCUUUGUAUGGGAGGUACACAAGGAAGUCCAAAGACGUGCUCGACCUUGAACUUCUAGACACUAGGGGUGCUGAGGAUUUGGCGAGGUCUGCUGCUCUCAUGUCACAGUACGAGUAUGAAGAUGAGUAUGAUGACUCUUUUGAUGAGCUGGGCCUGAGUCUUGUGGAGUCGGGAUUCGAGGAAACGGAGAGUUUGCUUGACCGGGGCAGUUUGUUUCCGGGGAAAUCUUUGGAUGCUGGGACAGAGAGAUGGCAGUCGCAGAAGAAGCCACAGUUCUACGUCAAGGAUGGGAAGAACUACAGUUACAAGGUUUCGGGUUCAGUAGCUGCCUCGAGUGCUCAAGAAGCGGCAAGGAUUAAUUUGACCCAGAAAGAACUUAUCCACGGCUUGGGGCGGGGCGGGAACUUACCAAUUGCGGCCUCUAGAAAGACGACAGAAUCUGGAGAGCAGGAUGAUCAGACAUCUGAUGGUGGGGAGGAACCGGCAGAGGGAUCAACAGGCGGGAGAGGAAAUCCGAACUCAAGGGGCAGGGGCCGGGGAAGAGGGGGCUGGAAUAAUUACAGGAAGGAUCGAGCAGCUAAGAAGCAUUUUGAUUCGUUGACGCGUUUUUAAGUAGUUACUGGGUUUUUGAGGAGUCCAAUUUUUAUUUUUAUUUUAAAUUGUCUAUAGUGAGGAUUACAGCAGUUAAGGGCCUGGUUGAACGUAUCUCAUGCAAAAGGAGUUUCUGGCGUGGAACAAGUGGAGACCAUGGGUGUUUGUGGAAGUGCAUCCAAAGACAUCAGGCAAAAUGAAGCUUGGCUCAAGACGUUGAUCAGCCCUCAAAAUGCCUUUUGAGGUUGUCCAAAUGGUCCCUUAGAGAUUCAAUUAUCAAUGAAAUGGCAGUUGAUUUUCUUGGGUAAA